AUGCGCCGGCUCGAGCAUGCCCUGGCCGAGACGGCCCCGUCAGCCCUCUGCCGGACCGCGUUCCUCGUCGCCGCCGCGAGCGUCCUCUCGCUGAGCCUCCUGCCGCGCCAUGUGCGCGGCCUGCUGAUGGACUACGGGCCCCGGCGACGCGGCGCGGACCCGCGGUCGUCGCCAGCGAGGUCCGCGGUGGACGCCGUCGCCUCGUGCGGCCAGGUGCCGCAUUCGUGGUUCUGGCACUUUUACCUCGGGUCCGUCGGCCUCUCCGCCCUCUGGGCCUGGCAGUACGCGUCGCGCGGACGCGUCAUGGCGCUGGUGGCCGAGGCCCAGGCGCGGAGGUCGUCGGGGCAGCCGUCCGUGGAGCUGGGCCGGGUCUGCCUGGCGUGGCUGAUGAUGGCGGCGCAGGGCUCGAGGCGGCUGCUCGAGUGCCUCGUCGUCAUCAAGCCGGGCAAGACGCCCAUGUGGAUUGUGCACUGGGCGGUCGGCCUGGCCUUUUACGCCGCCAUGAGCGUGUCGGUGUGGAUCGAGGGAUCUGAGGCCAUCGUCGAGUCUUGGCGGCAUUUCCCCGAUCCCGUCUCCCCGCUGACGCCGCGGGUUUCUCUGGCACUGGCCGUCUUUGCAGCCGCGUGGUUCAAGCAGAACCAGUGCCACAGAUACUUGGCGAGCCUGCAAAAGUACACGCUUCCCAGCAAGGGCAUGUUUCGGUACCUUGUUUGCCCGCAUUAUACCUGCGAGUGUGUCCUCUACCUGGCCAUUUCCUGCGCGGCCGCCCCGCCAGGUCAACUCUUCAACCGCACGAUAUUGUGUGGCGUGUCCUUUGUCGCCGUCAACCUGGGGGUCACGGCAGCAGGCACCAAGCAAUGGUACGCGGGCAAGUUUGGGGCGAGCAAGGUGGCCAGCAGGUGGCGAAUGAUCCCGGGCGUCUUCUGA